AUGAUAGACGUUUGGAGCGAUAAAGGCUCAGCAGCUGCCCUCUCUGGAAAGUUUUGCACAGAGCCGCCUCUACCAAGCGACAGCUGUCCGGAGGCGUUCGCUUUCAUCAGAUCUUGGGUUCAGAAAUGCUCUCAAGAGCAUGAUUUAUGUAAAGGCACAUUCUCUAAGUCCUGGCUAGAUGAGGUUGCGGGUCCCAAACUUCCUACCCGAAUAUUGGACGUUGGGCUCCUAAAUCAUGAGUCUGUUUCUCUCUUUGAAACCAACGGCCAGCGAGGAGAAUUCUGCGCGCUCAGCUACUGUUGGGGCCCAGAAGGUACACAAACUCUUAUGACGACGAGGGAUACCAUCAAAGAUCAUCGGAAAGGCAUUCAAUUCAGCAGUCUGCCAAAGACCUUCCAAGAUGCCGUCAUUAUUACACGUGAGCUUGAUAUUCGUUAUCUCUGGAUCGACAGCCUUUGCAUCAUACAAGGAGACGAGAGCGACUGGAAGAGAGAGUCUGACACAAUGGCAGAAAUUUACCAGAACGCAUUCCUGGUGAUAGCGGCUUCAGGAGCUGCAAGCCCAAAAGAAGGCUGCUUUUCGACCGAAUCCAGAUGCCCAACUGCUGUAGAAGUUCCAUAUUAUUCAGCGGAAGGGCAGGCGGCUGGCUCUAUAAAGCUUUCGAUGCGUAUCUAUGGCAGAGAAUCGCCAGAUUGGGGGCCACUGUUUAAAAGAGGAUGGGCUUUCCAGGAGUGGAUUCUGGCACGGAGAGUUUUGCAUUACAUGCCCGUUGGCAUGACAUGGAAAUGCAAAAUGUUCGAGUCUGGUGAAAGAGACGACUAUGGUAUGGGACAGUGCGGUGAUGUGUGGGAGGAAAUACUAGAGCAAUACUCCCUACGUAAUUUCACCUACAAAAAAGACCGCCUAGCGGCCUUGAAAGGACUGGCUCAGGCGCAUCUUAAGAGGACCAACGACAAGUAUAGCCUCGGUAUCUUCGAAUCAAGAAUUUCAGAACAGCUUCUCUGGAUGAUGGAGAGCAUGGCAAAGGCUUCGGAAGACUUGACGGAUGUGCCUCACUGGUCCUGGGCUUCUAGAGGAGGGACGAAAUUUUUCUUGGUCGCAAUUGGCAACAAAUGGCAGCCAAUACACCACACACGAGCCGUUUUCGAGUCCUCUGGAGUUAUAAAAGUCGAUGGUUUCAUGGCACAAUCGAGAACUUCUAUCAUCAAGUCGAGAAAAGUUACUCGUACUCGCAAGCGAAUAUUUCAGGAUCUACUAUCUCUGUUCGGGUUUUUUAGGGAAGAUUCGUUGCACUGGAUCCAAAUCGUUUCCAGACAUACUCGAAUUAUCGGCAUAGCAGCCUUUGACAGAGACCAUUAUACAAAAGUGCAUAUUCUUUUUCUAAAACAAUGGAGAGACUAUAAAGAGUAA